AUGUUACAGACUGUCCAGGAUGGACGUAAUCGCUUGCAAUCACCGUCACGAGAUCGCGAGCGUCGAGUACAGCGUGGACGGCGGUGACCUCGAGAGCCAGAACGAGGACGAGGACGAGGAGAUCCCGCCGCCGUUCAUCGACAUCGAUCAGCCAACGGUGCUAACGCUGGGCCGAUUUUCCGCAGCCGGUGGCGACAAGAUACCAAUCGACGACGACAUACCGCUGAGGCGAAGCCUGUUCUCCAACGUGGCGCCGUACAUCGUGUUCCAGUCGUUCGACUGCAAGGGACCAAUCAUGCCCCACGAAGUAACCAAAUACCUGAAGUGGCAUCUCAGCACGAUCACGCCAUUAAUCGUACGUCGUACAUUGAUCAACUCAGGUUUUCAACUGAUGAAGAGAUGCCAGGAGUGGUGCGGCACCUGGGGCAAGCACAUGAAGUCCUCGUGCUUCAGGACGCUCAAGGAGUCGCAGAAGAUCAACCAUUUCCCGGGGACGUUCCAGAUCGGCCGGAAGGACUGCCUCUGGUUGAACCUCAACCGGAUGAUGAUGAAACACGAGGUGAAGGAGUUCGACUUCAUACCGAGGACGUACGUGCUGCCGCGGGAUCUCAGCUGUUUCCGGCAAGUGUGGAAGAAAGUCGGCAGCAAGGCCAAGUGGAUCGUGAAACCACCGGCAUCCGCCCGGGGCACCGGGAUCAAGGUGGUGCACCGUUGGUCGCAGAUACCGCGGAAACGCGCCGUCAUCGUGCAACAGUACCUGUCCAGGCCGAAGCUGAUCAGCGGCGCCAAGUUCGACCUGCGUCUCUACGUCCUUGUCACGAGCUUCAACCCGUUGAAAGUCUACAUCUACCCGAACGGACUGGUCCGGUUCGCCUCGGUCAAGUACAACGACGACAUAAACUACCUCAGCGACCGUUUCAUGCACCUGACCAACUACAGCAUCAACAAGACCAACUCCACGUACACGAGCAACGACUGCGUGGACUCGUGCACCGGGCACAAGUGGGCACUGAGGACGCUCUGGUCCUACCUCGAGAGGGAGCACGUGAACGUCUCCAAGCUGUGGGCCACUAUGAAGGACAUCGUCGUCAAGACGAUGAUCGCCGGCGAGUCGAACAUAACGCCGUUAACCAGGGUGAACACGUCGUCCCGUUACUGUUGCUACGAGCUGUUCGGCUUCGACAUUCUUCUCGACGAGAAUCUGAAACCCUGGCUGCUCGAGGUGAACAUCUCGCCCUCGUUGCAAUCCUCGUCCACCCUCGACACUGCUAUCAAGGGGCCGUUGAUCAAGAGUGUGUUCAAUAUAGCCGGCUAUCAACUGCCCAACACCUUACCGGCCGAAGAGGCGAAGAAACUGGCGGACAAGUACCGAUUCGACGUGGUUUGUCAGGACUACAGGCUGCACAAGACCGUGCUCAGCUACCAGGAACGCGUGAAACAGUCGGUGUACACGAAUCUGAAGGAUCGGGACGAGUAUCUGGAACCGAUAAUCAAGAACUUGACACCGGACGACGUUAGGCAGUUGAUCAUGUACGAGGACGAGCUGACGCAGCUGGACUGUUUCGAGAAGAUAUUCCCAACGGCCACCAGCUACCCGUACCUGCAGUACUUCGACGUGCCGAGGUACUACAACAUGUUGCUCGACGCGUGGGAGAUGAAGUACGCGGACAACAGGUCCGAGGGGAUCAUGAGAUUGGAGAAACUCUGCCAGCAGAAGUAUCACUUGGAGCAGCCGACCGACGACGAGAUGUACUCCUACGUGGACAUCACCGAACGUCUGAUACUGGCCAGACCGAUUCGUCGAGUCAACGAUCCGGUGGUCGGUUCCGGCGACUCGACGAACUUGUCGCUACCGAUGCGUUCGAGCCUGUUCGCCUAUGUGCCCCCGUUCAUCGUCUUCCGCGCGAACGGAACCACCAGACUGCCGAUCCAAAUCACCAGGCAUCUGCUCUGGUGGAAGACGAAGAAAAACACGCCGAAGAUGGUGGUGGCGAUGGUGCGCAGGUCUGGAUUCAAGACCACCAGCAAGCUCGCUGACAACUGGUGCGGCACUUGGUGCAGCACUGGUGCUUAUGCAAAACUCAGACGGACGAAGAACUACUCCAAGAUCAAUCACUUUCCUAGCAGCGGCGAACUGGGCGACAAGAUACUGCUGUGGCGAAAUUUCCGCCGAAUGAGGAGGAGGUGCGGCGCGAAGCAUUUCGACUACAUGCCAGAGACGUUCGUUCUGCCGGGCGAGAGGCUCGGUCUGAAGAGAACGAUAGAGAAGAAUGGCGGGAUCUGGAUCGUGAAGCCGCCGGACUGUUGCGCGGGUAAUGGUAUCAAGAUAGUGUCGAAUCUCGACGAGAUCCCCAAUUAUCGCCCGUACGUGGCUCAGAGGUACAUCUCGCCGCCUAGGUUGAUCGACGGCGUGAAAUUCGACGUGAGGCUGUACGUGCUGUUGACCAGCAUCGAUCCUCUGAGGAUCUACGUCUACAACGAGGGUCUGGUCAGGCUGGCCACCAUCAGGUACGUCGAUCGUGUGGACACUCUGUCAGACAGGUUCAUGCACUUGACCAACACCAGCGUGAACAAGGCCAGCCCGAACUUUGAGACCAACGACGAUCCGGACGCGUGCAAGGGCAACAUGUGGUCGUUGAACUGUCUGUGGAGGUACUUGGCCACUACAGAGCGCGUGGACACUCUGGAGAUUUGGACCAGGAUCAAGGACAUCGCUGUCAAAACCGUGAUCUCCGCGGAACCCUCUUUGUACAGGGCUUGCAGGAAAAGCUCGCUGACGACGUACAAUUUCUACCAGCUUUUCGGCUUUGACGUCCUACUCGACAGAGAAUGCAGACCUUGGCUGCUCGAGGUGAACGAUUUCCCUUCGAUGGAAGCAGACACGCCGUUGUGCAACCUCGUCAAGAGGCAAUUGGCCGAGGAUUAUCUGAAUCUAAAUCUGACACCUGACGACGUCCGAGUUUUGAUCAGACACGAGGACGAGAUCGCUCAGACCGGUCGUUUCGAGAGGAUAUUCCCUACGCGCGACACGUACGACUAUCUCGCGUUUUUCGAGGAAGACAGGUAUUAUAAUUUCCUGUUGGACGCGUGGGAGAACGAGUACGGACGCGAUCGGUCGAAAGGUAUCGAGAGGCUGAAGAAACUUUGCAGAAAGAAGUAUCAUUUGUCU